AUGGCUACCAAUAAUAUAGCUCCACGUGUAGCCAUUUUCUUGUUUCUAAGUUGUUCUUCAUUUGCAGGAGCAAAACAUGUCUAUGAAUCUAAGCCUUUCAAUCGUACUGAUUUUCCACCUGGUUUUCUUUUUGGAGCUGCUUCUUCUGCUUAUCAAUUUGAAGGUGCUGCAUUUGAAGGUGGGAAAGGACCUAGUAUUUGGGAUACUUUCACUCAUCAAUUUCCAGGAAAAAUAGCUGAUCGGAGCAAUGGGGACGUCGCUCUUGACUUUUAUCAUCGAUAUAAGGAGGAUAUAAAAUUGAUGAAGUAUUUAGGACUGGAUGUUUUCCGAAUGUCCAUUUCCUGGCCACGAUUAAUACCUCGUGGAAAGCUUAGUAGAGGAGUGAACAAAGAAGGGAUUGCAUUUUACAACAAUGUCAUCAAUGAACUCCUUGCAAAUGGGAUAAAACCAUUUGUGACAAUAUUUCAUUGGGACCUCCCUCAAGCACUAGAGGAUGAAUAUAGAGGCUUCCUAAGUCCACUAAUUGUAGACGAUUAUUUAGAUUUUGCGGAUCUUUGCUUUAAGGAAUUCGGAGACCGUGUUAAGCAUUGGAUCACUUUCAACGAGCCGUUUAUAUUCGUAAGCACGGGCUACGACGGUGGCUUUGCCGGCAGCCUAGCUCCGGGGCGGUGCUCUUCGUGGGGCAAUUGCGCCCAAGGUGACUCGGCAACCGAGCCUUACGUCGCCGGUCACCAUAUACUUAUUAGCCAUGCUGCAACUGUUAAAUUAUACAGGCAAAAAUACAAGGCAGCUCAAAAGGGUGAAAUAGGGAUAACACUAGUGACUCAUUGGUUUGUGCCGUAUUCGAAUAGUAAAUUAGAUGUCAAAGCAGCGCAACGAGCCCUCGAUUUUAUUUAUGGAUGGUUUAUUCAUCCAGUAGUAUACGGGGAAUAUCCGAGAGCAAUGAGACCGAUUACGGGAAGUCGAUUGCCACAGUUUACCAAGGAGCAAAGUUCGUUGCUAAAAGGGUCGUUCGAUUUCCUGGGACUGAAUUAUUAUACUGGGAAUUAUGCAGCACAUAUUCUAACUCGCGACGGAAACGUUAGCAGCACUUCGGAUCGAAUGUCUCGUCUUUCAACUGAAAGAAACGGUGUGCCGAUUGGUCCGCCGACCGGAGUGAGCGUAUUUUUUAGUUACCCGAAAGGACUUCACGAUCUUCUUGUUUACACCAAGGAGAAAUACAACAACCCUCCGAUUUACGUUACGGAAAACGGUCUGGGCGACCAGAACAAUGACACCAUGAAAAACCUCACUCGAGAUCCACAAAGAAUUGAUUUCUACAGUCGUCAUCUCCGUGCUAUUCGCCAAGCCAUUGCUUUGUGUAACAGGGAAGGUGUGAAUGUGAAGGGAUUUAUUGCAUGGUCAUUUUUGGACAAUUUUGAAUGGGGCUCCGGAUUUACCGUACGGUUCGGGCUUGUCUACGUGGACUACUUAAACGGGCUCAAAAGAAUUCCCAAGAAAUCAGCUAUUUGGUUCAAGAAAUGCCUUUCUAGGAAGUAAAUUAAGCCCGAUUUCAAAAUGGGCUUUUUGUAACAAAAACUAUUUUCGAUUUGAGCUGUUUUCACUUUUUAAAUAAAAUUAAUUUCCCUCCCGGUAAUAAAGUUCCGAAAAAGACUUGGAUUUAAAUAUUUUA